CACUGACUGACACACAUCGUCCGUCAUCCGUGUCUCUUCUUACACAGAACAAAACAGCCGAAAUCGUCGACGCCAUCACCAUCGGCCACUCAUGCGUACUUAAACGAGUGCCCCCCCAGGCUGCGAAGCGCCUCGUAGCCAACCGGCAGAAUCUCCUCCAGAACGAUCCACAUGAUCAGGGCCGCGUUGGGCGGCACGAGCGCGGGGAAGCCCCUGGUGCCGAAGGCCAUGUGCGGUGGAAUGUAGCAGAGACUCUUCUCGCCCUCGCACAUGAGCCUCACGCACUCCUCCAGACCGCUGAAGACCGCGUGGCACCCGACGCGGAACUUGAGCGGCCGGCCCCUGUUAUAGGUGCAGUCAAACCUGCAACACAGGCAGACAGAGAGAGACACGAGCCGCGCUGCUUCUGUGGAUGGAUGGGCCUGUGUGUCAGACAUACAUUUUGCCGUGUGUGUGGUCGGUUGAGUAGAAGGCGAUGUAGUGCAGCACGACGGUGGACCCCUUGCGCGGCUUCUUGACGAAGUCCCCGUUGAUGACCGUCUUGACCUCCACCCCACUCAACCCACGCACCCUCUCGCGAGAGAACACCUCCACACCUGCCCACAGCACACACACAACGACACGCAUCAAUAUGCCUGGGUUCGCCAGAGAGACACCAACACACCCACCGAGGGACUGCAGGUUGAGGUUCUCCAGUGUGUAGCGGCCCGGUGAUUUCGGGAACAGUCCAUCGAGGCUCGGCUCUUUCGUCCGAUACUCAGGUGUCCUGGGCCUCACGACCCUCGACGGCCGAUGCUGGUGCUGAUGAUCAGCAGUAGCAGCAGUAGCAGCAGUAGCAGCGGCGACAACCGCCGAGUCGCCCUUGGCGAGAGACGGCCGGCCAUGCUGAGGGACGGGCGCCUCAGUAGAGGCCGCCAUUGCAGAUGAGAGAAGCAAGAAAAGAUGAAGAGAGGCUUGUUAAAGGGAUGCGGGAUCUAAGAGAGGCCGUGGAUUCGUCAGAAGACGCCCCUUCUCCAGAUCGCCGCCGCCACGCAAACACUCGCCUCGGCUGCUCUCUUUCUCCUCGCGAACGCUUUCAGUGGCCAAAAGCUGACAAAGACUGGCAAUGAAUCCUAGCGGAAGUCCAGCUUGUUGUCAUGCUAUCACCAUGGGCCCUCGGGUGAUUCACCAAUACGAGAAAGCUGUCGAUGCCGUCGCCCUUGGGGCUCGGCGCAUGCGGGUGAAUCGAACGAGACGCGGUCAGCUGAGGGCACACACACGGACAAAC